UUUGUCAGUUUUCUCCGCAGUUUCUUUUGAGCGAAGAAAUCGAAAUAUGUAAUGUUCUUUUUGUUUACUUUUAACUUUGACUAAAUAUUUUCCGUCAGUAAGGCUUCUUUGCGCAACUGAAGGGAUUUAACCGGAAGUGUGUCAGCUCGAAAGUUUUCUGCUUAUGGAAAAAUGGGAACUAUAACCAAAUAAAGACUUGCCCGGAUGAGCUGGAUGUAUGAUGCGGAGGAAGUUGAACACUUCAGGAAAAUUGCUACCUCACAGAAAAAAAUCCCAAAGAUAAUGGCUCUCAAUGGCUUUCUGGAGUUCUUUCAACGGGAGAAGACUUUUCGUCCAAAAAAGAAGUUCACCCAAGGAACCAUACGAUAUUCACUACACAAGCAAGCUCAUGCCAGUUUACAAUCGGGUAUCAAUUUGAGAGAAGUGGUUAAACUGCCUUCGGGUGAAAAUAUGAAUGAUUGGCUAGCGGUUCAUGUAGUGGAUUUCUUCAACAGAAUUAAUCUGAUUUAUGGUACAAUAUCAGAAUAUUGCAAUGUUACGACCUGUCCAACGAUGAGCGGUGGCUCCAAGUACGAAUAUCUAUGGGCCGAUGGGGAAAUCUUCAAAAAACCGAUUCAACUACCUGCUCCUAGAUAUAUAGAGCUGCUAAUGGAUUGGGUGGAGAAUCAAAUUAACAACGAAGCGCUUUUCCCGGUAUCAACUGAUGUGCCAUUUCCGAAAUCUUUCCCCAACUUAUGUAAAAAGAUAUUGGCUAGACUGUUCAGAGUCUUCGUACAUGUUUAUAUUCAUCAUUUUGACCGGAUCGUCAGUAUUGGAGCGGAAGCUCACGUUAAUACGUGCUAUAAACACUUCUACUACUUUAUUCAGGAAUUCGAUCUAAUGUCGGCAAAAGAACUAGAACCGCUCGCGACGAUGACUGCGCAUAUGAUCAAGGAUUAAAUAGCAUGCUAAUCAGAAUUUUGACAAAAUCUUAUUAAAAUUUACUAAUAAUGAAAUUGUAUGCUAAGUUUGUAAAAUAAUUUGUUCAUGCAUUGAGUGAAGAAUAAAUUUAAAAUUAGUAGAAAAUAUC